AUAAAAAAAUAAAAAAUAUUGAGAGAUCAGUUCAAGUCACAUUCUCACUAUAAAUCACCAUUAGAUUCAAUCUGUAGAGCAGGACAGUUAGAACUCUGAAUUACACUAAAAAAGACUUGGGGUGGGGACUGUACUUAUUCUACACCAUUUUACCACAAAAAACAAUACUAAAACAUUCACUUUUCCGUGAGGUCCAACAAAGGCUGUCAUAGCAUUAGCUCCAUUUAUAUUUCCUAAAUGGAUAAAAGGAAUCAUAGAUGGUACUUUUUUUUUUGCAUCAAACAUUGGUUUAUUUUGUAAGGUGCCAGCAAAAAAUGCCAAAUCAACUUAAAAAAAAAAAGACUUACUGAUAUUAAGCAUUUAUACAUGUACAGGAGGAAUCAUCCCGUUUCUACACAAGCCUUAACAAGGUUCCCACACCACACCUUUUGACUAAAGAAUUUCCAUUCCUUUUCCAGUCAUGUGCGAUAUCUGGAUAAGGAUUUGACCAAAAUCAUGUUCUAUUAGGGGUGGGUGAUAUGACCAAAAUCUUAUCACGAAUUCACUCAUUUUAUAAUCAAUGAUAUCACUACAGCUAAAUCUCAAAAAUAAAUAAAAUAAUAUCGCAAUGCCUUUUUUUGAUUAUCCAGUAAUUGAAUUAAAUACUCAUGAAUCAUUUUCUCUUUACACUUAUGUUUUUUAUAAUAAUAAUAAUUUAAUUUCACACAUUACACAUUUGCACAUAUACAAUGAAAUAAUUUCACAUAUCCCAGCUAAGCCAGGGUCAGCCAUGAUACAGUGCCCCUGGAGAAGAUAGGGUCAAGGGCCUUGCUCAAGGGCCCAACAGUGUCAUCUUGGCAGUGCUGGGGCUUGAACCCCCCAACCUUCUGAUCAGUAACCCAGAACCUUAACUUCUGAGCCACCACUGCCCCCAAAACGUGCCUAAUGUUGUUUAAAAUGUCUCAUACAAUAGAUUUACAUGCAUCCAAAAACAUUUUAAUUUGCUCAAUUUAAACUGCAGCAUUACCUUUUUAUUCCCCCAGUGUCAAAAACGACUCGUUCAAUUGAUCUGUUCUACAUGAUUCUUCUAAACUCCUCCUUUCAGAGAGCCUACUCUGCUCUGAUUGGUCAGAUGUCCCAGUCUGUUGUGAUUGUUUUACUGCUUAGUGUAGUGUUUGAGGGCGGGACAAAGCUGUUCGCGAGCAGCCAAUGAAGACCAGAGGCGGGUUUUGUGUUACCAAAUUACUAGGUUAGUACAGUAAGUCUGGAAUUACUAACGACUCGUUUCAGGUGUUCAGAAUCGGUUCUUUCUUUUGAGUCAGUAACUCCAUUUGUCGUGCACUUUGAUUUUUGAAACUUUAAGACUUUGUUUUACAUUCACAAACAGCUAUAUAACUCACUACAUUAAAGGUAAUAUUUGAAAAACCAUAAUAGGUGCUCUUUAAAGUAGUCAUUAAAAAAAAUAAGCAUUCAAAAUCAACCUUACCACAAUGCUAAAUUUCAUAUUUCAGUCAGAUGUUGUUGACUAAUAUUAUAAAACUUUCCUCAAGAAACUUGACAUCUUCUGAAAGCAAUGCAACAAACGAAAUAAUCUUGAGUAAAAAAAAAUAUCCUUCCUAUCCUUGAUAACACUUUAGUCCUAGUCAUCUCUGUACACAAUAUUUGAAUAUCGGAAAGCAAAGCAGGUUUGUUUUCUAAUAUCUAACAUUAUUAGAACUGAAUUUUAUUAAGGGUGGCGUGUAGUUAAAAUCCGCAUGACCGAUUACACAAUUUCUGGCGCAUGACAUUUAGCCGUUUUCCUCGUCAGUGUUGGUUAGAAUGUCAGGCUCUCUCGCCGUUUGACUUCCAUAUCGCUUUAAGGUAAAAACUAAGAAUAAUUUAGGUUUGUUUGUGAUUAAGAGAAACCGGAUUGAGUAGCGUCAGUGAUCACACACUCUGCGUUCUUCUGUCUGUGGAGCACAAUCAGGAAGACUGCUGGAGAGGACUCGCGAGAGACAAUCACGUGAUACACAUCUGCGUGUGUGAGAUGAGACGCAUAUUCAGAAUGCUACAAGGUCAAUGAAUUUGCUUCGGCUGCCCGAAAUUUCGCUUGAGCGACUGCUGAAAAAGCACAUUAGUCAAUCAAGUGUCAAACUGGAAAGACGGUGGCUUUUGUGGAUGUUGUGGAGUUUUAACCAGUCAAACAAAAACUAAUUCACUGGCUUCAGGAUGUUUCUAUUCUCUAAAAAGAAGAAACCCAGUGAGGACUCCAAGAAACGCCUCGAGUACCAGCUGUGCUUGGCCAAAGAAGCAGGUGCUGAUGACAUUCUGGACAUUUCUACCUGUGAUCUUUCAGAGGUCCCCUCCAGUGCCUUCUCCAUGUGUAAAGUACUUCAGAAGAAAGUAUUAAUUCUUCAUGGAAAUGACUUGAGGUCACUUGUACCUAAAGGUUGCUGCAUUGGUGACUUAGCAACUUUGAUGGUGUUGGACCUGCAUGAAAAUAAACUCACAUCACUUCCUGAUGACAUAGGGAAGCUUUUGUCCUUGCAGGUGCUGAAUAUAGAAAAGAAUCUUAUAAAACAGCUGCCAGACUCUAUUGGUGAUCUACGGCAUCUACAGACACUUAAUGUGAAAGGGAACUGCCUUACUGUGAUUCCUGUGUCUGUGGGUCGCAUGAGCAGCCUGCGUACACUGGACAUAAGUGAGAACAGCAUCAGAGAACUGCCCAAAGAACUGGCUUCUGUUCGCACUCUGGAAAGCCUGAUUCUGGAUGCACAUGUUAUGAGCUAUCCUCCUGUGUCAGUGUGUAUGAGCGGCACAGAGGAAGUGCAGCGCUACCUGUGUUCAGAGAUGGAUCUGGAGUAUUGUCCUCCAUCCCAGUAUCUCCUGCCAGUGCUGGAACAUGAUGGAGUAAGGCAAGAUGUGGAUUGUGUUGACGGGGAGGAGAUGGCCUGGCAGAGCAGAUUCAUGGACUAUGAAAAGAAAAAGGAGCAGAAACAGCUGGAAAAGUUGAUCUUUGAGAAAGAGCUAGAAGAGAAACAGAGAGAGCACACUCAACUCCUCUUCCUCAACAACUCCCGCAAAGAGGACGUCCUGAUGUCUGUCAAACAGGAGCAGGAACGGUUGGAGUUAGGUGUGUCUCAGCAGCAGAAGACCCAGGAAGCAGAGAGACAGAAAAUGCUGGAUAAAGUGCGUCAGACAGAGAACACUAUCAUGAGCCGUGUCUCUGACCUUGUGCUUCAUAACAAACGACAGGCAAAGAGUGCUGCAUUUCUGCAAGCUCUGGAGGAGGACCGAAUACGAAUGGAGCACCUUACUGCCAUCACACAGGAAGAAGCUGACUCUUUGAGAAAGAAAGAGGUGGCAAGUGCCAUGCAGAGGAUGCUGUCUGAGAGCUACUCUCUUCAGUUACUGCAGGAGGCCAGUGAAGCCAAGAAACAGAUGAUGGUUUCUGAGGCCAGCAGGAGUUUGGACUGUUUGGAUAAGAAGUUUGUCCAAGUGUUGUGCCUGCAGCAGCUAGACAAAAGAAAAGCCAUUAGUAAGAUCCUUCAAGAGGAGGAAAUGCAGAAAGCCGCCUUUGAAGCCCUUCAGCUCCAGAAGGACAGUGUGCAUGCUUACAUUCGCAAUCAGAUAAAACUCAUAGAGGCAGAGUUAAUGCUGCUGACAAAGCUGGAGGUUAAGAGGAGGAAUUUGGACACUGAGAACCUGCAGGAGGUUCUCGCCGAGCAGAGGACAGCUCUGACUGACCUGCUGCAGCAGUUAUUAAAACAGAAGGACCAGAGAGAGGAGGAGCUCAGGCUGGUUCUGAUGGAGAUGGAGCAGAAGAGUGAAUCCAAUCAGCAAAACUACUGGAUGAUCCAAUACCAAAGACUCCUGGAUGCCAAACCGCUGUCUCUGCGUAUGCAGGAGGCGGCUGUGGAUAGGGAUCUUGGAAAUCUGCUUUGCAAACUCUCUGCUCAACACUAUCUGCCAAUCAUAGCUCACCACCGAAUCACUGCUGAGGCCUUGCGACACAUGACCACCAAAGACCUCAGCAAGCUGGGAAUCAAUGAGGUUGGUGUUCAGAAAGCUCUUCUCCACUGGGCCAGAGAACGCACUCUGUCUGACCCAUUCCCUAAAGCAGCCAGAGAGGUACAGGAAACUGGUCCAACCACUCCUAGUGCCCCAGUGCAGCAGCAUCUCACUCCUCCACUGACCCCCACAUCCCCCAAUCCUGAUGGACCCAGCAGCUCUGAAUGUGUGGUGUGCAUGGAACAUGAAUCACAGAUGAUAUUCCUGCCAUGCGGGCAUGUGUGCUGUUGCCAGACCUGCAGCGAUGCCCUGCAGUCCUGUCCUCUGUGUCGUAGUUCUAUAUCUCAACGUGUUCGCCUUUACCAUGGCUGAAGCUGCGGAGCUUCCACAACGUCCUUCCAUGGUCUACACCUCAUUCAUUGAUGUUGUUCCUUCCUCCCAUUUGCUGCAUGAAAUUGUGAUGUGUGAAACUUCAAGCAUUUUAAAAGUUACUGGAUUUUCUCAUACUCUCCAAUUACAACUAGCCAAUCAAAGAGGAACUCACAGUUUUCCUUAACAACCACAGGGCGGCACCAUGAAUCGUGGCUUCCGUUAUAUAUCAUGGACCACUAUCACGUUCUGGGAAAAGGUGCAUAGAGCAAGAAAUGUAUCCACUAGCAUAAAGUCUAGUUAAAUUGUUUUCAUUUAAAACAAAGCCAUAGACAUUCAAUUCAACUAAAAGCAGGAAAGUAUUUGAAAUCUACUCUUUUUUUUUUUUUUUUAACUACAUUUUAAUUAGCUGCAUGUUCUAGUAGAGCUAAAUCUAUAACUACACACUUCCCUUCGCCCUACCAAGUUUUUCUGGUGUCAGCAUGGUACAAUAGGACCAACCUCCACCAUUACAGUACAGUGGCAUCAGAAAGUAUUUUAAUACCUUGACCAAACUUGGUUGUUAUUAAAGUAAUUGUCAGAUUUUUAUUUUUAGUAUAAAUUUCGAAGACAUCUAAAAUUUUGAUUUUAACAUUAUAGAGACUUCUAGAAUCUAGAGACUUUUACAGUAGUGGAGAUCAGUGGUAAAACCCCCAUUUGGUUUGACAGAAUAGGAGGUAAUAGGUAGAUAGGCAGAAGGUGAAAUCUUUCUGAAGACAUUGUAUGUUGCUAUAUAACACUCAAAGGACUCAACCUGACAAAAGCACUUCCCUUUUUACAUUGUGUCAUCCGUACAGCUUCAGUGACAUUAGUGAUCAUAUUUAGUGAAAAAUAUUACACAAAUACCCUGUUCUUACAUCAAUCUGAAUCUGUCUUCAUCCAAGUGCUCUUACUGUAUGUGCAAGUAUGCAUUUCAAGUUGCUUCUGUAUAGAACAUAAAAUAACUCAAUCUGCCCACAUGUCUGUAAAUAAAACAAUAUUACAUUUUCUUGAAAUAGUGUUUAUCAGCAUGAAAAAUCACAUCUACUGUAUACAUCUGAAAAUUACAAAAUACAGCUAUGUUUUAUGGACCAGUCAAUUUCCUUCAUGUCUUGCAUCUCCCAUUUAAGAAAAAAUAGGAACGCUGUUUGAAUUUAAGUAGAAUGUGCAAUCCUAAAUACAUGGCAGUGUAUGAACCAAAAAGUCUUUCAAAUUUUAGUAGCAGGAGUUAGUAUAACCUUUUUAUUUCUCUUUCUAGGAACUUGUAGACAUUAUGGGCAUUUUGGUCAUACACACACCACUUUCUCUGUGACCCCCCAAGUGAGAUUGAAUCUCAAUGUUAAAUUCAUUGUGAAGCCAUUACAUACUGUAUUUCCCUUUGUUAUUCACAUAUUCCUGAUACGUGUAGGAGAAUGUGGGUUAUCACUACUGUCUGACUUAUGCAAAAUAAACCUGCUAGAUAAUGUGUCCUGGUAAAAAUGAGAAGAACUACCUUGUACAUACACAUUUAUUUCAAAAUAUUAAAUUACAUAUAUUAUUACA